GAAGCACAUCAAGAACAAUGGACCUCAAAGAAUCAAUCAGCCACCAAAGUGACGUUGCCCUCACCCUCACAAAACAUCUAUUUUCAAAAGAAGUAUAUCAGCACGAGAACCUCGUCUUUUCUCCCUUGUCCCUCCAUGUUGUUCUUAUCAUCAUGACCGCUGGUUCAGAAGGCUCCACACUUGAUGAGCUUCUUUCCUUCCUUCGAUUCGACUCCACCGACCGUCUCAACUCCUUCACCUCCCAACUUGUAUCUGAUGUGCUCUAUGUUAACGAUGCUGCUCCUCCUUCACCUCGCCUUUCUUUUGCCAGUCGUAUGUGGGCUGACAAAACGUUGUUUCUUUCCCCUUCCUUCAUACAACUUAUGGCUACUCAUUACAAGACCUCUUUGGCAUCACUUGAUUUUAAGAAACAGGUAUUAUUGCCUUUUCAUGAACUAAUUAACCUUCUAUUUUCUUUUAUUUAAAUUCGAUAUAUAUUUUUUGUUUAAAUGUUUAUGUGCUUAAUUUUAAAGGGCAAAAAAGUGUGCCCUGUAGUGAAUUCUUGGGUCGAAAAAGAGACGGAUGGUCUUAUUACAGAACUUCUUGAUCCUGAAUCUGUAUCCAAUAGCUCGUCCAGACUUAUCAUUGCUAAUGCACUAUGCUUCAAAGGUGUGUGGAAACACAAGUUUGAUGCUUCAAUGACGUAUAAUCGUGUUUUUUAUCUUCUUAAUGGCACCUCAAUCAGGGUUCCCUUCAUGAGCAACAUGAAGGCGGAGCAAUUUGUUAGUGUUUUUGAUGAUUUGAAAGUCCUUCGUCUUUCUUAUAAACAAGGUAGAGAUAAAAAGCGUCAAUUCUCCAUGUAUAUUUUUCUUCCUGAAGCUGAAGAUGGUCUUCCAGCUUUAAUUGAAAAGGCAGCUUCAGAACCUGGGUUUCUAGAAGACAAACUUCCUAAGCGAAAAGUGAAAGUGCGUGUCUUCAUGAUUCCAAAAUUCAAGAUUUCUUUUAUGCUUGAAGCUUCUAAUGUGCUGAAAGAGUUGGGAGUGGUUUUGCCUUUCUCUAGAUGUGAUGCAAAUUUUACAAAUAUGGUAGACUCUCCCUCGGAUGAAUUAUACAUUGAUAACAUGUUUCAUAAAGCUUUCAUUGAGGUAAAUGAAGAGGGAACUGAAGCUGCAGCGGCUAGUUCUGGGAGAUUGGUACGUAUGUGUGAUUCAGAUUCAGUUUCAACUGGCCCAGACUUUGUAGCUGACCACCCUUUUCUCUUCUUAAUCAAAGAAGAUCUGAGCGGUACAAUCCUCUUUAUUGGACGGGUGCUCCAUCCAGAUGAAGUAGACACACUAGAAGAUGAAGACGAAAACGACACACUAGAUGAAGACGAAGACGACACAGUAGAGGAUGAGGAUGACGACAAUAUUUAUUAGCAUUAUCAAUAUGAUUAUUGUAUUUUGUGAUAUUGUCGUUCCUCUUUAUUAGUAUGCUAUGAGCUUUUGACAUUUUAUUGUCAUAUCUUAAACAUGUUAAAUGAAACAUUGGUAUGUUAGGUACUGGUUGCACCAGAU